AUGUCCCUUUCCUUUAAAACAUGUUCAAUCAAGCUUAAAGCAAAUAAUUCCCAAGUACUUAUGUCUAGACUAGACACGUUUUAUUUGUUAUCGAGUGGAUCUCGCAUUACCACUAUCAACAAUACAACGAUUGGAAAUGCUGAAAACCGUGCAAUUCUCUACGCUUACUGGCUGUCAUCAUGCUCAUGGAGGGUGCGGGCAGCUCUGCAUUUCAAAGGCAUUCCUUUCGAGGAGCGAUCAAUUGAUAUUGUCAAGACGAACCAGCAGAAGACUGAACAGUUUCGAGCCAUCAAUCCUGCGCAGAAAGUACCGGCUCUAGUAAUAGACAAUGUCACAUUGGUGGAGUCGAUGGCUAUCGUGCAGUACCUGGAGGACACUCAUCCUGAACCAGCCCUGACUCCGAAGACACCUGUGCUGAGGGCUAGAAUGAGGGAACUCUGUGAGGUGGUAGUCUCCGGCAUCCAGCCUCUACAGAAUAUCGGUCUGCGAUCCCAUUUCGACACGACAGAACAAUACACGAAAUUCACAAAAUACUGGACGGACCGUGGCUUGAAGACCUUGGAGGAUCUUCUGCAGAAAUCUGCGGGAAAAUAUUGCGUCGGAGACCAGAUCACGUUGGCUGAUUUAUGUCUGGUGCCUCAACUGUACAAUGCUGUCACCAGACACGCUCUGGACAUCAGUAAAUACCCAACAGUUUCGAAGCUAUACGAAAGUUUGUUAAAAGAGAAUGUUUUUAAAGAAACUCACCCUGAAAGUGUGAAAUCGAAAAUGUAA